CGCGCACAACGCCAGAAACAGGAUGUAGCAAGCUUGUCUCAUUAUUAUUCAAGCAGAUCUCUCGAUCCUUUGCCGCCUGUACGAAGUAAUGUGGACGCUAAGAUGUAGUCAGCCCGUGUAUCCGCCGUCAAGACGCCGAUAGGUGAGUGGUUGCCUGAUGGCUCCUAAAACAGCCUCCGCCAGGACGCGAGUCUCUCCGGCAGCCGCUUGAGUAAGCAUAAGAGGCUGAGUCCUGUCUUUCCUUACUGUCUGAUCGUUUUCCUGUCCUUCAUUCGAUGUUGUGCACUUAAGCAGCGUACAGAGCAUUACUAUAUAUUAUCUACCGCCACCGUCACCAUGGGCAGGGCAGCUUCACCACCAGAGUACCGAGACGAUCCAGACGCGGUCAGCCUGCACACCACACCAGACGACUACAACUACGACGAUGCGCCCGAGCUGAACGAGCCUCCCUCCUAUGCCGAUAGCGAGGCAGACGCUGCUUCACGCCCACUCAUCCACCAUGCCCCUCCACCCACCACCCGCACCGACCACAACUCGCCCUCGUUCCGCAACGGCAAGCCACAAGCAUGCACAACAAGCACGUACAUGGAUGCACGCUUCGACAAUGAUCCCGCCUUUCUCGAAGAUGCUUUGCGCUCCUUCGCCAGCACUGCGCCCGUACCGCUGAUAUGCAUCAUGGGCACCCACAAAGAUACCACAAAACGGGGGGAUAAGAAAGAAAACCACUUCGUGACCGACUUCCGCAUCGUGCUCAACAUUUCCUCGUACCUGCACCCAAAUUUCGCCGCCACAGACGCCUCAGCCAUGCGCCUCGUCACAGCCCUCGACGGCGAGAAAACGCACCGCGGGACCGUCCUGAAGAAGCGCGCUCCAGGCUUCAAACAAGACAUUGAGGCCGGCACCCAGGCACCUACACUGACCGAGUGGUGCCACCGCUUCUGCGCCAGCACAUCUGCGCUGCGCAUUUUCCGGCUCAAGCGCGCCAUCACAGGGCUCGACCGAACGUACCUCUCGAACCGGCUGGAAGGGCUCAUCCGCUCGACCAACUACCGCGGAUACAUCAGCAUCACCUUUCCGAUCAUGGACGAGAACGUGGAUAUUUACACAUCGCACCGCGUCAAUAGCUGGCGCAACACGACGUGGAUUUGCUGGGUGUUCUACCUGACGUUUCUCUGGAUCAUCACAUGGCCAAUUCUAUUCUUCUGCACGAAGCGCUUCUCCGUCGUGCGCGCUGAGUGGCCGUUCAGCAUAACCUCCAAUGGGCGGAAAAUUUACACCACCGUCUCAGAGGAGCAGUACUUCGACAAAUGGGCCGUAGCGAUCAAGAGGCUCGCGCUGGACAGAUAUCAAGGUGAGGCAAGCGAGGAGAGGAUGCGCAGUGUCAACGAGCGUCCUGCCGAUCCGCCGAUGCCGGGUAUGAUCAACUCGGGGCAUGCAGGUGUUGAUGACGCAGUUGGGCUGCUGAACGAGGGCCUCCAGGUCGCGAGGGCGCUGUCGAGUGGGAGUGGACACGGUCUCACUCAGGCCACUCAGGGUGGCUGGGGGUAUGACGCAUGAGCGCUGGCGUUGAAUGGUUCGGGUGAGCGCACGAUUGUUUGGCUUUUACUGUUCUCGAAUGCUGCCGCGCCGGUGUGUGUCACGUGCGCUUGCUUUUCGCCCGUAUAUAAGCAGAUUUCAGGCAUGGAAACUUCUCCCAUCACAUACGCCUGUAUAAAUGGCCAAAACAACCAACGCACUAGCACAUGUGUCUGUCUGCUCUUCCUGCAGAACCAACAUGCCAACCCUGCAGGCGAUGUUCCCUGGCUCCUGAAAACCACCGAUUUCAUCUCAAAGUCGCAGCGGUUGACGUGCAUGUCCGACCUGUCCUUCUCAUUCAGCCAUCGUAAAAGCCGUGAUCCGCGCGUUCUGGCGGGAAGACUGUGCGCUGCUUCGACACAAUCACUCAAACGACGGUCCGCUCGGGAAUCUCUUUGAGGCACUGGUUGUCUU